GUGGCAACACUAUUUAUAUCGCUCAAGGCAACAGCUGAUUAUAAUUCUUUUUUUCGUAAAGUGCAUUUAUUUGUGUUUUAACCAUCGAUUUGGACUUGAACAAUGUCACGGUUAGCUUUAUUGCGCAAUUUGGUCAGUCAGCGGCAGAAUCUGCUGCCCACCAACUUUUCCCGGCUAAAAUGUGCGGCAGCGAUGCACUGGAGUCCACAUUUGCGCCAGGAAGCGUCGCGCGAUGGCGGCGGAUCACUGCAGCGAUCGCAGGAUAACACCCAAGUGUCCACGGAUGUGCGUCCCAUUGGCGAGAAGAUCAAGGAGAACACGAAAACAGCCAGCUACACGGCCAUCAUAAUCGCUGGCCUGGGAGUAACGUGCGUCAUGUUCUUCGCCAUAUUCCGGGAGCUCUUCUCCAGCGAGAGUCCCAACAAUAUCUACGCAGAUGCAUUGGGCCGCGUGGUUGAGGAUACGCGCGUGCAGGAUGCCAUUGGAGCGCCCAUCAAGGGAUUCGGAGAGACUUCCAGGCGGGGUCGCAGGCAGCAUGUGGCCCACUCCAGCUACGAGCGCAAUGGCAAACCCCACAUGCGGAUGCAGUUCUAUGUGCAGGGCUUGAGAAACAAGGCCACCGUGCAAUUGGAGUCCAGGAGGUCGGACAGUGGCAAACUGGAGUAUCGCUAUCUUUUUGUGCAAUUGGAUCACUAUCCCCGUACCACCAUCAUCCUUGAGGACAAUCGCGCCUUUGAUCCCGCUCCCGAGCCUGCGUCCGCUGCGUCUUCCUUUGGCAAUCUUUCACUGAUGUCCAAUAGUCAGGAUAAAUAAGAGGAUCCUUCCGAUCCCCUGCACUCCACUUAAAUUUUCUGUACAUUUGUUAUAUUUAUUAUUUGACUGACAAUGAAAUUGCAUUGGAACUCCCAAA